UGGCGGCUCUACGAAAUUGUAUGCGCCUCGUGCCGGUGCAAUUAUUAAAAAAUGGAUUUUCGGCCGCAAUUGUGAGAAGAACACAAACAAACCGACUAAGCUCUUUAGUCCGAAGAUGUCAUCCCAUUUCUUACAAAUUUCCGCUUGCCAGACAGCUUGUAGCGCCAAGUUAUACCAUCACGAGAGCAGCCACCACUGAUGCCAAAGGCCUGGCUGAUGAAAUCCUCAAAAGAAGACUUCAGGCUGACGGUGGUGGAGGACAGCAAGGACAAAAGGAUGAAAAGACUGAGGAAUCUGAGGAAGAUAGGAAGAAGCGCGAGGCUGCGUGGAGAACUAUGAAAUACACGUUCAUUGCGUUUGGAGUCAGUUUUACAUCGCUCGGCAUGUGGUUGCUGGUCGAGUGUGGCGCUCCGCUGAAAGAUCCUGAUGGCAAUGAUCUAGAGGACGAAUUUAGUCAAAUGCCAAUAGUUCAACAAUAUGUGGCAAGAUCAUGGAAAGAGCUUGUCACCUACAGAAAGAUGAUUCAAGAGCCAUCUAGAGAUAAACUGCUCCCUGAUCCAGUGACAGAACCGUACUAUCAGCCUCCGUACACUCUAGUCCUUGAGAUGACUGACGUUCUUGUCCACCCUGAUUGGACAUAUCAAACUGGCUGGCGGUUCAAGAAAAGGCCUGGAGUAGACUUUUUCCUGCAACAGGUCGCUCCACCUCUGUUUGAAAUCGUCAUUUACACGGCUGAGCAAGGCUUCACUGCAUUUCCCAUCAUCGACGCCUUAGACCCGCAAGGGUGCAUUUCUUAUCGAUUGUUCAGAGAUGCGACCAAAUAUGUUGACGGACAUCACGUCAAAGACUUGGAGAGCCUAAACCGAGACCUGAGCAAAGUCAUCGUGGUUGACUGGAACGACAAGUCCAUUAAGGGCAACUAUGACAACGCCUUUUUGCUGCCAAGGUGGAAAGGCAACGACGACGAUCAAACUCUUAUCGAGUUGGCUGUUUUCUUGAAAACAAUCGCAACCUCCGAAGUGCAGGAUAUUCGAGAAGUUCUGAACUAUUACCACCAAUUUGAUGACCCAUUGGAAGCUUUCAAGGAAAAUUUGCAAAAGCUUCAGGAGCAAGAGUUGGCCAAACAGCAGCAACUGAAGGAAGAGAAGAAGAUUCCCCUGGCGAGCUCGUUUCUUAAGAGGAGGUAGCACGUUAGUAAAGCCAACCUCUAAGACAGAAACUUAUUUCUAAGCUUCAAUCUCUAUUACAAAACUAAAAUUCAUAUGAUCUGCAGUCUGUGAUUGCAAAGAAAGGGUUUUGCGCCGCUGCCUUGUGGUUGUCUCUACUGUAAUGCUCGGCAGCCCAUAUUACGUGUUAUUCACGACUAACUUGACCCGCAUGUGGAAGACUAUGGAAAUAAACUAUGAUCAUUUAAUUCAACUCGCAAUUAA